GUCUUCCUUCCCCAAAUCAGAGAAACACCCUGUGGUGAGCCGCCGCCAUCCACCUGCCCCGCGAUGCUCCAGCGAGUGGCUGCCAUCCACCUUCCCCACGCUGCUCCGGCGAGCGGCCGCCCAUCCACCUGCGCAGCCUGCGACAACCCAACUUGUUAUGCCCGCUGCUCGACGGUGUUACAACUUACAACCACGCCGCCGUGGUGCUUCAAUCAGCGGCGACCGUGCUACAAUGGUGACGAGCGGGUGGUGGCCAGGGGUGCACGACGGCGGUGAUCGAGGUGAGCGCGGGCUGGCACCCGUUGCUGCAGCCGACGAGCAUUUUUGCUGGAACCUACCGGCAGAGAAGCUGGAAGCGGCAAGGUGAUAAGCUGCCUGUAACCAAUAUCGACGGUGAGUCAAACAUGCUACAACCGGUAGUUCACGAGCUACAACCGACGUUUGUUUUUGCUGGGACCGGCGAGAAUUUUUCUGCCAUCGGCGACGAUGCUACAUGGCUGAACUGAAGAUGUUUUCACUGUCGUCAAUGGCUACGCGACGAUGCAGGAGGCAGCGAUGAAGAUGUUUCGACGGUGGAUGGAAAAUGCUACAACCGGCUUCAUAAUUUGAUACGAGCCAUCUGAGGUCGUCGUAGAGAUUUUGUGCUGGAACCGACAAGAGCGCGGGGGAGGAGGUCAGGCGGCGAGCGAUGACGAAUCCCGGCGGAGCUUCGAGCUCUCUGUCGCCUCGCACGAUUUUGUGUUGUUGGCAGCGCUCAUUCGCAGCUUUUUCUGUCUGCGGGAGGAGGACGAAACAAGAGCUAAUCCGACGGCUACCAGGCACAGAAUCGUGAGGCUCGUGGUUGACCGGCCGAAGUUUCGGCCGGUCGACCGGCGCCUAUCAGUCGCCAAACGCAAAAGGGUACAGCCAUGCCGAUCCAAACAGAUAAAAAAUGAAGAAAAUCGCUGUCCGUUUGGGUCGGCGUGUUGAAGUUGCUCUUACACCCAAACUGACAUGGACACGCAAAAUGCAUCGGCGCCUUGGAGUAAUGUCCAAACAGCCCGGUGGAUGUCUACAGCUGUCCAUAGCCAGACCGGCGAAGGUCGCGGGCGAGAUCCACCGGUCGGCCCUGUGUGGCUGCGCCGAUAGACACGCACAAGCAUGCGCACGUGCCGAUCCCGGCUCCGCCCCUAGCAGUAGGAGAGAACAAGGAGAAAGAAGGUGGCGCGUCCGGUCGUCCCUCCCCGUGAGCGCUCCGCUCGCAUGCACAUGCAUGCCCAUCCCCUCCUUCCCUUCCUUCCCAGUCUCAUCUCACAGUCCCAGAUCCCACUCCAGCCCCACCUCUUAAAAACCAGACCAAACCCGAACACUACAGGAAAACACACAGGCGCAGCAGCAGCAGCAGCCGCCGCCGCCUGCGCGCCCUAUCUACAGCUCCUUCCCCAAUCCCUGGCCCUGCCCGGCCACUCCAGCGCCCAAUGCAGCAGCCCAAACCCGCCGAUCCGCCGGGCCGGCCCUUCCCGCCGCCUUCCCCGUCGAUGGCGGCGGCGGCCACGGCCAUGCGCGGGGCGCACCACCGCCGCGCCAGAUCUGAGGUCGCCUUCCGCCUCCCGGACGACCUCGACAUCGGCGGCGGCGCCGACGGCGACGGCUCCGCGGGCUUCGACGAGAUCGGCUCCGAGGACGACCUCUUCUCCACAUUCAUGGACAUCGAGAAGAUCUCCUCCGGCCCCGCCGCGGGCUCAGACCGCGACCGCGACCGCGCCGCCGAGACCUCCUCCCCGCCGCGCCCCAAGCACCGGUACAGCAGCUCGGUCGACGGCUCCGGCCUCUUUUCCGCUGCCGGCAGCGCUGCGCGGCGGGACGCCGCUGCCGCCCAAGCGCUGGCGGAUGUCCUGGAGGCCAAGAAGGCCAUGUCCCCCGAGCAGCUCGCCGAGCUCGCAGCCAUUGACCCCAAGCGCGCCAAAAGAAUUCUAGCAAACAGGCAAUCUGCGGCUAGAUCAAAAGAAAGGAAGGCUCGUUAUAUGACAGAACUUGAGCGGAAGGUUCAAACUCUUCAGACUGAAGCGACCACUCUCUCAGCUCAGCUCACGUUAUUUCAGAGAGAUACAACUGGGCUUUCUUCAGAAAAUGCAGAGCUCAAGAUAAGGUUGCAGGCCAUGGAGCAGCAGGCUCAACUGCGUGAUGCUCUGAAUGACGCACUGAAGCAGGAAGUGGAGAGGCUCAAGAUGGCUACGGGUGAGAUGUCAAAUUCCAGUGAUGCAUAUAGCGUGGGAUUGCAACAUGUCCUGUACAACUCGUCCUUCUUCCCACAGUCCCAGCAAAACACAGCCCAGCACCAGGGGGGCGCCCGGUUUCCACCCCCAUUCCACCCGCCUCAUCCUAAUGUACCAAACCAUCAGAUGCUAUCCCACCCAAACACGCUGUCAGAUAUCAUGCAACAAGAUCAUCUUGCGCGGCUCCAGGGUUUGGACAUCAGCAAAGGGCAUCCAGUUGUUAAGUCAGAGAGCAGCUCGAUCUCUGCCAGCGAAAGCAGCAGUACAUUCUAACCAGGCCUACGCCUACCCUGAUUGAGCCCUCAGUUUCAUUAGGUUCCUUUGUUCAUAGCCUCUGACAUCCUUGUGCUGUUUCUUUUGUCCUGUAAACUUAAUUUUUCAUUCCAUUUGUUCCAUUUUAGUUGAAAUUCGUUUUAAUCUCAGUUGCUGAUUUUUGUAGACACGAUCCCUGGGUUCCUCCCACCCGUUUGUUCCGGGUUCAUUUUCUUCGUGUGUGAUAUGUUGUUUGGGAUUAUAUUGGGGAACUGGGAGGGGCUUCCUCCCAGUAUACCGUGGUGCUGUUGUUGGGACUGACUAUUUUUGUCGUCAGAACAGUUUGAAUUUGCGAUGUUCAUCAUUGUAC